AGGGUGUAGCUUUAUGUCGCCAUAGAAACAGCAAGAUGGUGGACCGUUCGGAGACGUAUAGUUGUAGCACGGCCACAACAAACGAAGCGGGUGAUGAGCGUCUUCUUGAAAUGAAUAACGAGCAGUUGGAGAAUUUAGUGAAAGAUCUAGAAGAAAAAAAUGUUGUGCUUGAAAUUGAAACCAAAAUGUUUGAAGAUUUUUAUGAAAAGCAAGACCUCAAUUCGGUGAUGUUAAACGCAUCAAAUAACACAUCUUCAUUUGGAUCAACUGGAGAGAUUUCUCGACCAAUUGGCAGAAAACGAAGCAAAGUUCGUAACACAAUUGAUCGUACACUACGCUUAACGACAAACCAAAAAUGUGACAUUGCACAGAAGACUGUUGAAAAACUGAAAACUGAAAUAAAGAAAUCUACAGAUGAAGCUGAAAAAGUGGUCGAUACGUAUAAAGCAACAAGUGAACAAUAUGAAUUAGAACUUAGUGAUUUAAAGAAAGAAAGAAUGGAGUUUGAACGUGAUAUUGUCAAAGGAGCGAGGAAUCCAGACAGUAAGAAAACAACAGCAGAACGAGUUAUUCGAUAUUUUGAAGACCGAUUCAGAGCAAAGGAUGCUCUCAUUGAAAAAUUCCGUCUGAAAAUCUCAACUCAGAGAACGCAGAUGAAAAAGCUCCUUCUUCAACUCAAGCAGAAAGAAGAAAUGGGUGAAGUGUUGCAUGCUGUUGAUUUUAAUCAGUUGAAGAUUGAGAACCAACAAUAUAUGGAAAAAAUUGAAGAGCGAAACCAUGACCUCCUCCAUCUAAAACAAGAAGCUGGGAAAACUCAACAAGCUCUAAAUUCAAUCAAAAAAAAGCUUCAAGAAUUGGUGACAGAAUCAAAGAAACUGGAAACAGAAAUCAAGAUCCAAGAAGAUCUUCAAGCUAGGAUUGAUGCCGAAUUCGAGCAGGUCACAGAACAAAAACUACAAGCAGGGAAGACAAACGAAAAUCUAAAGGAACAUUUAUCGGACUAUCAGGUUCCAGCUGUCAUGGAUUUCGUCACCGAGUCUGCUAAACUGAGAGAACUGCAGAAAAUGAAGAAAACUUGGCAGAGAAAAGUUGAAAUUAUUAAAAUAAGUUACAAUUCUCACCAAAAGAAAUGGCUGGUACUGAAGAAAUUCUCUGAAGAAAUUCAAAGAUGAAGAGAACCAGGACAAUUCUUUCAUAUAACCAAAUGGACAUAACAGACUUUCUAAGUGUGUUUGUGUAUGAGUGCCAAAUUGUGGCAUUUUAAUAGAGUGUGCAUAAUUAUUAUAUCAUCAGCUUCAGAAACAUAUGUAACAAGCGUUUUACCUGUUCCAUUCCCUCAAUAUUACGAUGGACAGCUUACAAAUUUUGCUUAAGAAUUUAUUGAAAUUCUAUGAAUGGUUGCGAACAUGAGGUUGUCAGUUUGCUUACUCUGGCAGACUAAUUAAUUGCCAGUAUUUGUAAUUAUUUCUUAUUAAUUAUUAUGUAUUGAAGAGCUGUGUGUUGAAGAAUCGGUGGAGGGAGGGAUGAGAUUUCUUAUGAUGCUGUAUGUCACAAUGGCACCCUCUGUGAGGGGUUGAGGAUCCGAGAAAGGAAAGGAAGAAGGAGUGAGUUCAUAUCCCUAAUUAGGAUGUGGUCUUUUCAUACGUUUCACUCUGAAAAAAAACGUUAAAGGCAAUUUAGCUGUUGAUUUUAGUACAUCUACACCAUUGGGAUAUUUUAAAAAACUUUUUCCUAUUACUCAAACGAAAAAUAAAUAAAUCUAAAACUU